AUGCUGGUUCCAACCAAGGAGGCUAAAACUGGACGCGCCGGCUGCCAGAACAAGGAGUGCAAGGACGCGAAGGUCAAGAUCCCUAAAGGUGAACUUCGCGUGGGCAGCUGGGUCGAUAGCGGCAAUUUCCAGUCCUGGUUCUGGCGACACUGGGGAUGCGUCACUCCCAAGAUGAUUCACAACGUCAUGGAGUCGCUUGAUGAGCUCGAUGACAGCUCUGGCGAUGAGAAGAACCUUUCGCUUCUUGAUGGCUUCGAUGAACUGCCCGAAGAAUUCCAGGCGACAGUUAAGAAGGCCUUAGAGCAGGGUCACGUUGACGACAAAGAUUGGAAUGGCGAUGCUGAAGUGAACAGGCCGGGAAAGUCCGGAUUCCGUGUUCGUGGCAAGAAGGGUGACGACGAGCACAAUGAAGAGACCCCAAAGAAGGCGACCAGCUCUAAGAAGCGUGGCCCCGCUGACGAAGAUGAGGCUGAAGACUCGAAGCCCAUCAAGAAGACCAAAGUGGUCAAGAAAGCAGCGAAGGAUGAAGGCGCUGACUCGAAGCCCAAGAAGAACGGCACAAAGGUCACCAACGACGACACGCACGAGGAAGAUGAGCAGAAGCCCAAGCGUGGUCGUUCCAAGAAGACCAAGGCUGAGAACGACGGCGAUGCCGAAGCGAAGCCCAAGCGUGGCCGUCCCAAGAAAGCAAAAUCGGCUGAAUAG